AUGAAGGAGAAGGGUAUUGAAAUAGAAAACUUCAAUACAUUGCUACCUUUAGAUCAGCUUAAAGCUCAAAUAAAACUUCGCCAGGAAGAAUUACUUCAACAACAAAGAGAGUUGGCAAUACAAGAUCCUCUCUCUAAUUCUUUGAUUGGUAACUCAACUACCGCUUGGAGCUUCACCCAAGGUCUUGUUAUAGGACAAUUGAGUGUUAUCUUGGUUGUGAUAAUUUUUAUUAAGUUUUUUGUGUUCGCUGAGUCGUCUGCUACGACGUCUGUCAAAGAUGCCUCCGGAGUAGUAGUAAGAAGAGAUAAGAAAAGCUCCGAUGAUGACAAUUACAAUGAUUCAGAUAGUGAUGAUGCUGUGAAAAUAAGAAAUUCGAAGCUUAAUACGAUUUUAGAAAAAACGUACUACGACGUAAAUAAUCAUGCCUCCGAAUCUUUAGAUUGGUUCAAUGUUUUAAUUGCACAAACGAUAUCACAAGUAAGAAAUGAAGCAUUAUUAUCGGAUAAUAUAUACUAUUCAUUAAAUCAAUUUUUGGCUAAACUGGACCUACCAGAAUAUUUGGAUAGAAUACAACUCACAGAAAUCGAUAUUGGUGAUGAUUUCCCUAUAUUCUCAAAUUGUCGCAUAAAGCAUAGUGCUGAUGGCUCAGGAAGACUUGAGGCGCAAAUAGACGUCGAUUUAUCCGAUUCUCUUACAUUGGGGAUUGAGACAAGGCUAUUGCUAAAUCAUCCUCGUCCUUUGACUGCCGUUUUACCGGUUGAAUUAUCUGUUACAAUAGUAAGGAUAUCUGGGUGCAUCACUGUUUCUUUAGUUAAUACCAAUGAUCAUGAGUUCAUUGAUAACAACUCACUGUCAGAGAAUGGAAGUAGCUCAUCUUCAAACGAAUUUGAUCAAACUAGCUCUUCAAGGUGUACAGAGCCAGGAAAUUUGAAUGCUCAAGAACAAACAAGCACAGCAUUAAUGUUUUCAUUUGCACCUGACUUCAGAUUAGAAUUCACAGUAAAGUCCCUUAUUGGCUCAAGGGCUAAACUACAAAAUGUUCCUAAGAUUUCUUCUCUUGUUGAAAGCAAGUUGAGAGCAUGGUUUACAGAGAGGUGUGUUGAGCCGAGGUUUCAAAUGAUUAAACUACCUUCGCUAUGGCCGAGAAGCAGAAACACCCGAGAAUCGACUGCUUCUCACAAAGGAAAUCAUAAUAAUUUGAGCGAUCUGAUAUAA